CCGUCGCACUCAAAGUUCGCCAUCCGUCAUCUAGCUUCCCUCGUGCUCCAAAUCUUCAACCCCUGUUCGCUGUCACCGAUCGCGGUUGCUUCCUCGAGCUCGGCGUCCGUCGUCUUUGUCUGCUCAGCCGCGCUUCCGUCGCCGUUUGUUUGCCGUUCACGUUCGCGUUCUUCGCCAUUCGCAUUCGCUCGGCGUUCACCGUUCGCGUUCACUCGCUGUUCACCGUUCGAGUUCGCGUUCGUCUGGAAGCCACGUUGCUCUGCUUCAAACUCUGCGACCAACCCGCGCGCUCCACUCAGCCGUCGUACUGCUCUCUUUUGUCCCCGCCAGGAUGAGCACUUAUUUAUGUAUCUUGAGAAACUGUCUUUCUGUGUGUUAUGAGCAUUUGGUGAAGCCUGUAUUGUACCUAUUCAAAGCUUAGUUUUACCAAAUGGUCUUCAAAGCAACUCAUCCAAAAUGCUACUGCACAAAUCCAAGCCUAUUGUCUCUAAAAGCCUUCUCAGUCUUUCUACCAAACGCGACCUCAGUCUCAGAGAAGAAAAUGGCGAUGUUGGGUUCGUUUCAACGCGCACGAGCCACCAUUCUUUCUUCUUCCUCCCUCAAGCUACGCCUCUGCCUCACUAACACUUGCAGGUCUCUAAGUACCUCCGCACUUCCAACCAAUGACUUUCACAGAUUCCCUCCCAACUCUGAUCAUAACCGCCAUGGCGUUGAACCCACUUUCAGAGAUUCCUCUCAACAUUUCAAUCCACAAACCCAAAAUCACCAUGGAAACCCUCAUCCUAUCAAUAAUUUCCCUCGCCAGAACCAGAAUCAGAACCCCUAUCAACCUCAUAAUGCGACUCGUCAGUUUCCCGAGCAGGGUCGAAACCAUACUCAUAAUCAGUGGAGUCAAAACUAUCCUCAACAGAGACCAACACCACCACCCACAUCCCAAAAUCAGAACUUUCAGCCACCCCAUUACCAAAAUCAAUGGAACAAUCCGAACCAGGGUAACCCUAACCAAUGGAACCCUAGGAAUCAAGGCUAUCCACAACCUCCCCAAUUUCGAAACCCUAACCAGUUCAACCCGCAAGGUUCUCUACCAGGGCAAGCUCACGUUCCCGUAGCUCCUCCUUCUCCUCCUCCUCCUUCGCCAGCCCCUUCAAUUGUUGAUUUGAGACAUGUGUGCCAGGAGGGGAGGGUUAAGGAAGCAAUUGAGUUGAUGGAGAAAGGGGUGAAAGCCGAUGCUUCUUGCUUUCAUUUGCUCUUUGAUUUUUGUGGCAAAUCCAAGUCCCUUGAGGAUGCCAAGAAGGCACACGAUUACUUUCUGCAAUCAACUUGCAGGAGUGAUCUCAAUUUGAACAACAAGGUCAUUGAAAUGUAUGGGAACUGCAAGAGCAUGACUGAUGCACGAAGGGUGUUUGAUCAUAUGCCCAACAGGAAUAUGGAUUCUUGGCACUUGAUGUUGCGCGGUUAUGCCAACAGCACAAUGGGGGAUGAUGCCUUGCAGCUGUUUGAUCAAAUGAAUGAGUCCGGUUUGGAAAUUUCGUCGGAGACUUUGCUAGCUGUGUUAUCAGCUUGUGCUAGUGCUGAGGCUGUGGAAGAUGCUUUCCUUCAUUUUGAGUCCAUGGAAAGCAAGUAUGGGAUUAAACCUGGUUCGGAGCACUAUAUGGGGCUUUUGGAUGUUCUUGGACAAUCUGGAUAUCUCAAGGAAGCCGGGGAGUUCAUCAAGGAGUUGCCGUUCGAGCCUACAGUGACUGUUUGGGAGACUCUGAAGAACUAUGCUCGAAUCCAUGGGGAUGUUGAUCUUGAAGACUAUGCAGAAGAGAUAGUGUUGAGUCUUGACCCAUCAAAGGUUGUUGCCAAUAAGAUCCCCACGCCACCGCCGAGGAAGUACACUGCAAUUAACAUGCUUGAUGGCAAGAAUAGAAUUAUUGAGUACAAGAACCCGACGCUUUACAAGGAUGAUGAGAAGCUGAAAGCUUUGAGUGGGAUGAAGGAUGCUGGGUAUGUUCCUGAUACAAGAUAUGUUCUUCAUGACAUUGAUCAGGAAGCAAAGGAGCAAGCAUUGUUGUACCACAGUGAACGUUUAGCGAUUGCCUAUGGCCUCAUUAGUACUCCACCAAGAACACCUCUUAGGAUCAUCAAGAAUCUUCGAGUGUGUGGUGAUUGUCACAAUGCCAUCAAGAUCAUGUCUAGGAUUGUAGGGAGGGAAUUGAUUGUUAGAGAUAACAAAAGGUUUCACCAUUUCAAGGAUGGAAAAUGCUCUUGUGGGGAUUACUGGUGAAGGAAAGCAUAUAGACUCCAAAUUCUACUAAUUCUACUACAAUGAUAUGAAUAUAUCGUUAUGCUAUUUGGUGGUCCCUUGUGUACAAAGAAAACAAAUGGAGGCUUCAAUAGUGAUAGGGCUAGGAUAUUAAGUAUGCACUACGCGGUAUGCAGUGAUUUAAACAUGUAUUUUUGCUUCCUGUUUUAAUAUUCAUGAAAUUCAUGUUGCUCUCAAAUUGUGCUGUGUUAAUAAUUUCCUAUAUGAGACUUUUUUUUGAGCU